AUGCCCAAGAUAUGGUACCGUUCGAGAAAGUACCAAGUGAUAAUUAUCGCACUCAUUAUAUUCUGUAUAUUUUAUUAUACAUCGCUCGGCGAUAAUCUGUAUAGGGAGCCUAAUUUGGACUUAACGAGACGGUGGCCCAAGUUGCGGGCUCGAACUCACUGGUUGGCGCGGCCAAAAAGCACGCUGUCUCGCCUAGCAUCUUUAGAAUCGCUUCCUGUCAGUAGUGUAGCGCAGGCUGAUGCUAGACAUGCACCUAGGGCUGUGAAAGACCUAAAUGUAGACAGUAUAGACUUAGGACUUACUAACACAAAUAACAGAUACAUAGAAAAAAGAUUGGAAGAGGCACUUAAAGAAGACAAAGGAACUGGCUGCGAAAUACCAAAAUUAGACCCGUUCGCCAAAGAGGUUACACAGUUCGAUAAGGAGCUGCCGAAAAUAGUUUGUCAAGGACAAGAUUGGGUGAAGUGCUAUCAUGCAGAAUGUAAAGUGGUACAGAAAAUAUUGGACACAACGACCAAUAUAAAAUGCACCUACAACGAUAUAAUAUACAAGAGCGAUAGCGAAUACAAAAUCGGUCCCGAUACCGUGGUAGCGGGCAAGGACGCGUACACACUGACGGCGAGCGACCACGUCAAAGUGAAAUGCACUGGAAAUCAUGUGAACAGUAUACUUCCAUCGAAAUGGACGGGUCACAGUCUUGGGUUCCGUUCCACUGUCCAUCCGAAGAAACCGCCGCCAAGGAGAGAAAACACCAUCAAUGUGUUGAUACUGGGAUUCGACUCCACGUCCCACAACGGUUUUAUCCGUCGCAUGCCCAAGAGCUAUCGGGUGCUACUUGACGAGCUACGAGCUACCGUUUUAAGUGGAUAUAACAUAGUGGGUGACGGUACACCAGCGGCUCUUUUCCCAAUCCUCACGGGUAAGACAGAACUGGAGCUGCCAGAUGUAAGGAAGAAGAUGAAGAACAACGGCACCCUGGACUCGAUGCCCUUCAUCUUCUAUAAGUUGAAAGAAGACGGAUACCGCACGGCGUAUUUCGAGGAUAUGCCAUGGAUCGGCACGUUCCAGUACCGCUUCAACGGGUUCCGUCACCAGCCGGCCGAUCAUUACUUACGCUCCUUCUAUCUAGAAGAGUCUAGCAGAGGAAAGAAGUGGUUCAACGUGGGAUCGAACAACAAAUACUGCGUUGGCGACACCCCGCAGUACAAACUCAUGUUAAAUAUAACCGAUCAGUUCCUGAAGCUGGACGGCAAACGGUUCUGCUUCACGUUCAUCGCGGACAUAACGCACGAUGACUUCAACAUGAUCUCCACCGCUGACGACGAUCUCGUGCACUUCCUGCGCAGCUUCCAACGAAGCGGAAAUGUCGAGGACACGCUGCUCAUGGUCAUGGGAGACCACGGACCCAGAUACGCGAAGGUUAGGGAUACUCUUCAAGGAAAAUUGGAAGAGCGAUUGCCUCUAAUGGCUAUCGUUCUCCCUGAGUCUUUAAAACGGGAACGGCCCAACAUCCAGGAAAUUCUGCUCUCCAACGCGGAUUCUCUGACCACCCCACACGACAUUUACGCCACGGUCCUGGAUGCACUGGAUUUGAGACAGCACUGGAAUCCGUACAAAGUGACGGGAGCUGACUUUACCCGAGGGCUCACUCUUUUGGAACCGAUCCCAAAAAACAGAUCUUGCAGUGAAGCGGGCAUCGAACCCCAUUGGUGCGCCUGUCUCGCUUGGAGGGACGUAUCGCAAGAUGACGAGCUGUACCAGAAAACUGCAAAUGCCUUGGUUAACUAUAUCAACUCGCUCACUGAAAGUAUGAGACAUAAAUGCGCUAUUCGUAAACUGAGCGGAGUGGAGUGGGUGAUGCGACAACGGGCAAAUAGUCGGAUGUUAUCUUUCGUAGCGGCUAAGGAUGCUGACGGCUACGUGGGACAGUUCGGUGCACGAGUCACCCCCAACACAGAGAACUACCAAGCAAAGAUAAUCGUAGCGCCGGGUAGAGGCGUUUACGAGGCGUCCAUGGUUUACAUAGUGAAGGAGGACAGAUUCGAGAUCAACAGUCGCGAUAUCUCGAGAACGAACGCGUAUAACAACGAACCGAGUUGUAUCAGUGAUACGCAUCCACAUCUCAACAUGUACUGCUAUUGCAACGACUGA